UAAAUAAAUGGGGUCCAAGUGAAAGUGAGUUCUUACCACGAAAGGACAAUUUCCCAACAUACACAACUCAUGUUGGUGGAUGUAAGACACUGCUCAAGUAAAAGAAAGAAGAGAGAUAUUUAAGACAUUUUUGGGGACAGCAUUUUUCAUCACUUCAACAAUGGAUAAUGAUCAAGUGACCCUGUUGGAUUUCUGGGCAAGUCCUGCUGGGAUGAGAGUGAGGAUAGCAUUAGAAGAGAAGGGAGUCAAGUAUGAGUACAAAGAACAAAGCUUGAGGAACAAAAGUGCUUUGCUUCUUGAAAUGAAUCCAGUUCACAAGAAAAUUCCAGUUCUUAUUCACAAUGGCAAAUCAAUCUGUGAGUCACUUAAUAUUGUUCAGUACAUUGAUGAAACGUGGAAGCAGUCUCCGUUGUUGCCCUCUGAUCCUUAUGAAAGAACUCAAUCUAUGUUUUGGGCUAAUUUUGUGGACCAGAAGAUUUAUGACCUGAAAGGGAAAAUGAUAUGGACAGCAGGAGAAGAGCAGGAGGCAGCCAAGAAGGAUUUUAUCGAUUGCCUCAAGUUGUUAGAAGGAGAGCUAGGAGCCAAGCCUUACUUCGGGGGUGAGACCCUGGGCUUUGUGGAUGUUGCCUUCGUCCCUUUUUAUUGCUGGUUUCAUGCUUAUGAGACCAUGGCCAACUUUAGCAUAGUGGCUGAGUGUCCUCAGCUGAUUGAAUGGUGUCAGAGAUGCAUGCAGAAAGAUAGUGUAUCCAAGUCUCUAGCUGACCCCCCGAAGAUCUACAACUUUACGAUGAAGCUGAGGAAGAUUUCAGAGAAUGUAUAAUGUUAAUUUUGUGUUGUUAAUCAGGUACCAUGUGCUACUAUGUAUUUGGAAUAAUGGGACACUUAGUUGUGUCUUUCCUUCGUUGUAUGUUGUUCUUGUCUCUAGUUUAAGAGAGUUACGUUCAUUAAAAAUAACAGGACACGUAGUUGUGUCAGUUGUUAUAUAUUGUGUAUUUUAAGAAUGAUGCAACACUUUGCUUAUGUCCGUUUAUGUAUGUUGUUCUUGUGUAAUUCAAUCUGAGAG